GUGCCCCAUCAUUGGUGUCAGUGGGAGGAAUAGUGCCCCAUCAUUGGUGUCAGUGGGAGGAAUAGUGCCCCAUCAUUGGUGGUGGCCAGAUUGUUGCCAGUGGGAGUAGAAAAUGCUCGGGCAUCAGUGGAAGUAAGCAAUACCCUAGGCUUGGUGGUCAGUGGAAGGAACAGCGCCCCAUCGUUGGGGUCAGUGGGAAGAACAGUGGCCUGUCAAUGGGAGGAACAGUGCCCAGGUCAUUGGGGUCAAUGAGAGGAACAGUGCCCAGGUCAUUGGGGUCAGUGGGGGGAAGACUGCCCCGUCGUUGGGGUCAGUGGGAGGAAGAAUGCCCCAUUGUUGGGGUCAGUGGGAGGAAGAGUACCCCGCCAUUGCGGUCAGAGGGAGGAAGA